AAGCUGCUGCAGCAUGAAUGCUCCUUGUGUCCGGACGUGAAGCCGUUCAGUACCUUUGCAGACCUGGAACAGCACAUGAGGAAGCAGCACGAGCUCUUCUGUUGCAAACUCUGUGUUAAACACUUAAAGAUUUUUACUUACGAACGGAAGUGGUACUCUCGUAAGGACCUUGCCCGCCACCGAAUCCACGGGGAUCCGGAUGACACCUCUCACCGCGGGCAUCCCUUGUGUAAAUUUUGUGACGAGCGUUAUUUGGAUAAUGACGAGUUACUGAAACACCUCAGACGAGAUCAUUAUUUCUGUCAUUUCUGUGACUCUGAUGGUGCUCAGGAAUACUACAGUGAUUACGAAUACCUUCGCGAACACUUCCGCGAAAAGCACUUCCUGUGCGAAGAGGGCCGGUGCAGCACGGAGCAGUUCACUCACGCCUUCCGCACGGAGAUCGACUACAAAGCGCACAAAACAGCCUGCCACAGCAAGAGCAGGGCGGAGGCCAGGCAGAACCGGCAGAUAGAUCUCCAGUUUAACUAUGCCCCGAGGCACCAGAGGAGGAGUGAGGGUGUUAUAGGUGGAGAGGACUAUGAAGAAGUGGACAGGUAUAACAGGCAGGGGAGGCCAGGCAGAUUGGGUGGCCGAGGAAACCAGCAAAACAGAAGAGGCAGCUGGAGAUACAAGAGGGAAGAAGAAGACAGAGAUGUUGCAGCAGCAGUCAGGGCAUCUGUAGCAGCCAAACGGCAAGAGGAGAAAAAACGGGUAGAAGACAAAGAGGAUAGAGGUAAAAAGGAGGACUUGAGGGAUUCUGAAGUGCUCAGCUCCAAGCGUGUGCCAAAGUCUUCAAGUGAUGCCACAGAAGCAGCAGCUAACGGAGCUUUAAGCCAAGAUGACUUCCCAGCAAUCGGUUCACCAGCAGGACCCCUACAAGGCUCUGCCCAGCUAGCACCAGUUAAGCUUAAAGAAGAAGAUUUCCCAAGCUUGUCAUCCUCUUCAGCACCCACCGUCUCUUCUGGGAUGUCUUUGACAUAUACAGCGACUGCAAAGAAAACGGCUUUCCAAGAGGAGGAUUUUCCAGCUCUAGUGUCCAAAAUGAAGCCUAACAAUAAAACAGUAACUAACAUCACAUCUGCGUGGAGCAAUGGUUCCAGUAAAAACGUGGUCAAAGCCAUUAGCAGCCCCUGUGUGAGCCAGCUAGCCAAAAAACCACCCUCCUUGAGCAGCACUAAAGGAAGUAAGAAGAGCAGUAAACUCCCCCAGUCGGACGAUGAAGACGGCGGUAGCGGCUUGACGACCCAGGAGAUCAGAAGCACGCCGACCAUGUUCGAUGUGUCGUCCUUGCUGGCAGCUUCUACCUCACAAACUUUUACGAGAGUGAGCAAGAAGAAGAAGAUGGGAGUUGAGAAGCAGAGACCGUCAUCCCCGCGCCCGUUGCAGGAGACGUCGUUUCCCAGGUCACCUGCUGAGAAGCCGCCGGAAGCAGAGCAGAUGGCCAACGCGCCCUCUGCGCUUCACGCCCCCGACAGAUCCGCAGCCAUCAUCAAUGGUCACUCGGAAAAAGCAUCAGCCAUCUGCACUACACCCAAAGAGCCCCCUGGCCUUAAAAAGCCCGCAGUGACUAACAAAUGCCCCUUACCUCAGGAAGACUUCCCAGCUCUUGGGAGCUCAGGAUCAGCCAGAAUGCCCCCGCCACCAGGCUUUAACACUGUGGUGCUGUUAAAGAGUCCUCCUCCACCCCCGGGACUGUCGGUGCCUGUUAGUAAACCCCCUCCAGGUUUUGCUGUAAUUCCAUCCACCAAUGUCUCCGAACCUGUCACUACAUCUUUGAAAGAGCCAAAGUCCUGUCACGGAUCCUACUUGAUACCUGAAAACUUUCAGCAAAGGAACAUUCAGCUCAUACAAUCUAUUAAAGAAUUUCUUCAAAGCGAUGAGUCCAAGUUCAAUAAAUUUAAAACUCAUUCUGGGCAAUUCAGACAGGGUCUGAUUUCGGCAGCCCAGUAUUACAAAAGUUGCAGAGAGCUGCUUGGAGAUAACUUCAAGAAAAUUUUUAACGAAUUAUUGGUGUUGUUGCCAGACACAGUUAAGCAACAAGAACUGCUUUCUGCUCACAACGACUUCAGAAUCAAAGAAAAACAAAGCUCCAACAAACCCAAAAAGAACAAAAAGAACGUUUGGCAGACGGACUCCAACUCCGAUCUCGACUGCUGUAUUUGCCCGACGUGUAAGCAAGUGCUGACUCAGCAGGACGUUGUCACCCAUAAAGCUUUGCAUAUCGAGGAUGAGGAGUUCCCCUCCCUACAAGCAAUCAGCAGGAUCAUCAGUUAGCUUUUUGAAGACCAAUAAAACAGUCUCUGUCUAU